AUGGCGGCGGGGGCCCGCGGGCUGCGCCUGUGGCUCGCGCUCUGGGCGCUGCUGGCGCUCGGCCCCGCGGCGGCGGCGGCGGCCAAGCUCAACAUCCCCAAAGUGCUGCUGCCCUUCACGCGGACCACGCGCGUGAACUUCACUCUGGAGGCGUCGGAGGGCUGCUACCGCUGGUCAUCCACCCGCCCAGAGGUAGCCAGCAUAGAGCCUCUGAGUUCUAAGGAACACCAGUGCUCCCAGAAGGCAGUGGUACAGGCCCGCCUGACCCAGCCCGCUCGCCUGACCAGCAUCAUCUUCGCAGAAGACAUCACCACAGGCCAAGUGCUGCGCUGCGAUGCCAUUGUUGACCUCAUCCACGGCAUCCAGAUUGUCUCUACUACCCGUGAGCUCUACCUCGAGGACUCCCCCCUGGAGCUGAAAAUCCAGGCUCUGGACUCGGAAGGGAAUACCUUUAGCACCCUGGCGGGCCUGGUCUUUGACUGGACUAUUGUGAAGGACACAGAGGCCAAUGGAUUCACGGACUCCCACAAUGCACUGCGAAUUCUCACCUUCUUAGAGUCUACAUAUAUACCUCCUUCUUACAUCUCAGAGAUGGAGCAGGCGGCCAAGCAGGGGGACACCAUUCUGGUGUCUGGAAUGAAGACUGGGAGCUCUAAGCUCAAGGCUCGCAUUCAGGAGGCUGUCUACAAGAAUGUUCGUCCUGCAGAAGUCAGGCUGCUGAUCUUGGAGAACAUCCUUCUGAAUCCAGCAUAUGAUGUCUACCUGCUGGUGGGGACCUCCAUUCGCUACAGGGUGCAGAAGAUCAGGCAAGGGAAAAUUACAGAACUCUUGAUGCCUUCCGAUCAGUAUGAGCUGCAGCUUCAGAACAGUAUCCCAGAUCCCGAAGGAGACCCUGCCCGGCCUGUGGCCAUCCUGGCUCAGGACACAUCAAGGGUCACUGCCGUGCAGCUGGGGCAGAGCAACCUGGUCCUGGGCCACAGGAGUAUCCGCAUGCAGGGGGCUUCUAGGCUGCCCAACGGCACCAUCUACGUUGUUGAAGCUGGAUACUUGGGGUUCACAGUCCACCCUGGUGACAGGUGGGUGCUGGAAACUGGCCGCUUGUAUGCAAUCACCAUCGAAGUAUUUGACAGAUCUAGCAACAGAGUCUACCUGUCUGACAACAUCCGGAUUGAAGCUACACUUCCUGCUGAGUUUUUUGAGGUCCUGUCGUCUUCCCAGAAUGGGUCGUAUCAUCACGUCCGGGCCAUUCAGAGUGGCCAGACAACCAUCAGUGCAGUCCUCAGCUCUGUGGUGGACCAGGAUGGUGGGGUCCAUGUGCUACAGGUGCCUGUGUGGAAUCAGCAGGAGGUGGACAUUCACAUUCCUAUCACACUCUAUCCCAGUAUCCUGACAUUUCCAUGGCAACUAAAGACAGGAGCCUAUCAGUAUGCCAUAAAGGCCCAUGGGGGCAGUGGGAACUUUAGCUGGUCUUCAUCAAGCCACAUGGUUGCUACAGUCACCGUCAAGGGUGUGAUGACCACAGGCAGUGACACUGGACUCAGUGUGAUCCAGGCUCAAGAUGUCCAAAAUCCUCUACACUUUGGUGAAAUGAAGGUAUAUGUGAUUGAGCCCAGCAGUAUGGAGUUCAUCCCGUGCCAGGUGGAGGCACGAGUGGGUCAGACCCUGGAGCUUCCCCUGAGGAUCAGUGGCCUUAUGCCUGGUGGGGCCGAUGAGGUGGUUGCUCUGAGUGACUGCUCCCACUUUGACUUGAUGUUGGAGGUGGAGAACCAGGGCGUGUUCCAGCCACUUCCAGGGAGGCUGCCACCAGGGCCUGAGCACUGCAGUGGGGUCAGGGCAAGAGCUGAGGUCCAGGGGUCCACCACACUCCUUGUGAGCUACACACAUGGCCAUGUCCAUCUGAGUGCUCGGAUCACUAUUGCUGCCUACCUGCCCCUCAAGGCUAUGGAUCCCUCCUCUGUUGCUGUGGUGACCCUGGGGUCCUCAAAAGAGAUGCUGUUCGAAGGAGGCCCCAGACCCUGGGUUCUUGAGCCGUCCAAAUUCUUUCGGAAUGUCACUUGUGAAGACACUGACAGCAUUGGACUAGCUCUGUUGGGUCCCCCGGCCUCUCGAAAUUACCAGCAGCACCGAAUCCUUGUGACUUGCUGGGUCUUGGGUGAGCAGGUCAUUGCCCUCUCAGUGGGGAACCAGCCCAGCCUCUCCAACCCCUUCCCUGCGGUGGAGCCCACUGUGGUAAAGUCCGUCUGCGCCCCUCCAUCCAGGCUCACUCUCACACCUGUCUAUGCCCGCCCCCAGCUGGACCUGUCCUGUCCACUGCUGCAGCAGAACAAGCAGGUGGUACCAGUAUCCAGCCAUCGCAACCCCUUGCUGGACCUGGGUGCCUAUGAUGAACAAGGCCGCAGAUUUGACAACUUCAGUUCUCUGAGCAUCCAGUGGGAGUCCACACAGCCAUCACUGGCCAGCAUUGAGCCUGACCAGCCUAUGCAGCUGGUGUUCCAGGAUGAUGGGAGUGGCCAAAAGAAGUUACAUGGUUUACAGACAAUUUCAGUUCAUGAGGCAUCAGGAACCACAGCCAUCUCCGCCUCAGCGACUGGCUACCUGCAGCCCCACCUCAGUGCAGCCAGAGGGAAGCAUCAGCACAGCCUUCCAGUACCUGUGUCAGCCUCCAUUGAGCUCAUCUUGGUGGAGGAUGUGAGAGUGAGUCCAGAAGAGGUGACCAUCUACAACCAUCCUGGUGUCCAGGUGGAACUCCACAUCACGGAAGGCUCUGGCUACUUCUUCCUUAACACAAGCACCCUGGACAUCAUCAAGGUGGCCUACCAGGAGGCACAGGGCAUUGCCAUGGUGCAUCCUUUGCUCCCUGGCUUAUCUACCGUCAUGAUCCACGACUUGUGCCUGGCCUUCCCGGCCCCUGCAAAAGCUGUCAUUUAUGUCUCAGACAUUCAGGAACUAUACAUCCGCGUGGUGGAUAAGGUGGAGAUUGGGAAGGCAGUCAAGGCCUAUGUCCGUGUGCUGGACUUUCACAAGAAGCCUUUCUUGGCCAAGUACUUCACCUUCAUGGACCUAACGCUCCGAGCAGCCUCACAGAUUGUCACACUGGUGGCCCUGGACGAAGCCCUGGAUAACUACACGGCCACGUUCCUUGUGCACGGCAUGGCCAUUGGCCAGACCAGCCUGUCUGCAAGUGUGACUGACAAAGCCGGCCAGAGAGUCAGCUCCACCCCACAACAGAUCGAGGUUUUCCCGCCAUUCAGGUUGAUGCCCAGAAAGGUGACACUGAUUAUUGGAGCCAUGAUGCAGAUCACGUCUGAGGGUGGUCCUCAGCCUCAGUCCAACAUCCUCUUCUCCAUGAGCAAUGAGAGCGUGGCAGUAGUGAGCAGCUCCGGGCUGGUACAUGGGCUCACAGUCGGCAAUGGCUCUGUGUUGGGGGUCGUGCAGGCGGUGGAUGCAGAGACUGGCAAGGUCAUCAUUGUCUCACAGGAUCGUGUGGAGGUGGAGGUGCUGCAGCUCCGGGCAGUGAGGAUCCGUGCCCCCAUUACGCGGAUGAGGACUGGGACUCAGGUGCCUGUCUACAUAACCGGGAUCACCAACAGCCAGAGCCCUUUCUCUUUUGGCAAUGCUGUGCCAGGUCUGACUUUCCACUGGUCUGUCACCAAGAGGGACAUCUUGGACCUGCGAGGGCGUCACCAUGAGGCAUCUAUCCAGCUCCCAUCACAGUACAACUUUGCCAUGAAUGUGCAUGGCCGGGUGAAAGGCCGGACUGGGCUGAGGGUGGUAGUCAGAGCUCUGGAUCCCACAGCUGGACAGCUACAUGGCUUCAGCAAAGAACUCUCAGAUGAGAUCCAAAUCCAGGUAUUUGAAAAACUGCGGCUGCUGAACCCUGAAAUAGAAGCAGAACAGAUAUUAAUGUCACCCAACUCGUUUAUAAAGCUCCAGACAAACAGGGAUGGUGUGGCCACAUUGAACUACCGUGUCCUGGAUGCGCCCGAGAAGAUCCCUGUUGUGCACAUUGAUGAGAAGGGCUUUCUGGUGUCUGGCUCUGGGAUUGGGAUGUCCACCCUUGAAGUCACUGCCCAAGAACCUUUUGGUGCCAAUCAAACCAUCAUUAUUGUUGUAAAGGUAUCUCCUGUGUCUUACCUGAGGAUCUCCAUGAGCCCUGUCCUGCACACCCAGCAGAGGGAGGCCCUGGAAGCCCUACCUCUGGGGAUGACCAUGACCUUCACUGUUCACUUCCAUGACAACUCAGGAGACGUCUUCCAUGCUCACAACUCAGUCCUCAACUUUGCUACUAACAGAGAUGACUUUGUGCAGAUUGGCAAGGGUGCCACCAACAACACCUGCAUCAUCCGCACAAUCAGCGUGGGCCUGACUCUGCUCCGUGUGUGGGAUGUGGAGCACUUGAGCCUCUCUGACUACGUGCCACUGCCUGUCCUGCCAGCCAUCUCCCCAGAGCUGCCAGGAGCAGUGACGGUGGGUGACAUCCUCUGCCUGGCCACUGUUCUCAUCAGCCGAGGAGGUGUCUCAGGAACCUGGAGCUCCUCAGCCAACAGCAUCCUCCACAUUGACUCCAAGACAGGUGUGGCUGUGGCCCGAGAAGCAGGAUCUGUGACAGUUUACUACGAGGUUGCUGGGCAUCUGAAGACCUUCAAGGAGGUAGUGGUUGGCACCCCUCAGCGGAUUGUGGCCCGUCGCAUCCAUUCUGCCCAGACCAGUGUCCAGGAGGCCACAACCUCCAAAGUGACUGUCACCGUGGGAGACAGAAGCUCUAACCUGAUUGGUGAUUGCUCUCCUGCCCAAAGGGAGGUCAUGAAGACCUUGCAUCCAGAGUCCCUCAUCAGCUGUCAGCUCCAGUUCAAGCAAGAUGUCUUUGAUUUCCCAGCACGUGACAUUUUCACCGUGGAGCCUGGGUUUGACACUGUUCUGGGCCAGUACCUCUGCACGGUCACGAUGCACAGGCUGACAGACAAGCAGCUAAAGCAGCUGAGCAUGAAGAAGACGGCUCUGGUGGUCACUGCCUCCAUCCCCAGAAGUGAGACCUCUGCAGAGAAGGUUGGGGCCGAAGUGCCCUUCAGCCCAGGACUCUAUGCAAACCAGGCCGAAAUCCUUUUGAGCAACCACUACACCAGCUCCGAAGUCAAGGUCUUUGGUGCCAUGGAGAUACUGGAGAGCUUGGAGGUGAAAUCAGGGUCCCCUGCUGUGCUAGCCUUCAUGAAAGAGAAGUCUUCUGGGCUGCCUAGCUUCAUCACUUACACAGUUAGUGUCUCGGAUCCCACAGUCGGUAGCCAGGGACCUCUGUCCACUGCACUGACCUUCUCCAGCCCUGCCACGAACCAGGCCAUCACCAUUCCAGUCACUGUGGCCUUUGUGAUGGAUCGACGUGGGCCUGGUCUCUUCGGGGCUAGCCUCCUGCCUCACUUCCUGGACUCCUACCAAGUCAUGUUCUUCACACUCUUUGCCCUGUUGGCUGGGACAGCAGCCACCAUCAUAGCCUACCACACGGUCUGCACACCCCGGGAGCUUGCUGCACCCCCAGCCCUCACACCCCACGCCAGCUCUCAGCACAGCCCUCACUAUCUUGCUGCCUCAUCACCAACCUCUUUCAACGUACUGCCUCCUGGCCGCAAAGUCAGUCCCCCCUCGGGGCUCUGGAGCCCAGCCUAUGCCUCCCACUAGCUGGUGCACAAGACUCUUGCUGUUGGGCAUUUACACCGACUACUCCUCAAUGACAUGGACACUUCAUAUUCACGCCAGGAGGAGACUGAGCCAGGCCCUGCCCCAUCCUCACUGCCCCGGCAGUGCCAGAGCUGACACCCAGGCCAUGCUUACAGCUAGCUCCCAUAUACAGAGGUUUUAAGUUUGCCUCUUAAGCUAUUCUAAGUCUUGCCAUGAUAAGAUGUUCUGGUUCCCUCCUUCACGUGUGGUGUCUGGGAUCUCAAGACAUCGUAGCUAUGUUUCUGUUUUUCUAGCACUGCUACAACUCACUCCCUUCUCAUGACUUUAAGCAGCUGGAAGUUGUGUUUGGGUGUCUGCAGCUGAUGCAAUCUCAGGGAAGCGUUUUCUAACCACUCUGGGGUUUGUGUGGGAUGCUAGGCAAGCAUUCUACCACUGAGCCACAUCCCCAGUUAUUUUAUGUUUUUUUUUUUCCCCUUGUGAACUUAGUAUUCUAGUUCAGCUGUUGUUAGGAAAGUAGAGGACAGUUGAGCCUGGACACAGGAACACCAUGUAUGCCCAGAGCCCCAACACCCAUCUGUGGACCAGGGCAGAGUACCCCCACCGUGGGGCCUGUGAAGACUUCAGGCCUCUGCUGCUUUGUUUGUCAGCUGCUAGAACUCAGCUGAGGAGGUUUCCCCACUGGCUAUUCUGAGUGAGACUUACACACCCAUUUCAGCUCCCGUCCUGCUUGGGGACAGCUGGUAGCCUCGUUGGGCACUGUCUGCCAGCGGGUGGCAGGGAUCUUCUGCCCAGUUGGUUCGUUUUGAGAAGUCUCUGUGUGUUUGCCCAGCACAGACCCACUGGUCUGUAAAACACUCCAGUACCUCAGCAGAUCUGAGCCACUGCCCUGCCGGGCUACCUCUCCAACCGCCAGCUUGCAGAGCUAGCCUGGCACCAGGAUGGGGUGUCCCUGAAAGACACUUCCAGAAACUUUUCCUGCCCAGCUCCUAGUCAAGCCUGACACUUGGAGACCUGGCCCCGAGAGAUCCAGAGACUCACCCCAGACUGGCUGUGUGCAGAUACUGCACAUCACCAAUAGACUACUUUGGCCUGUGAAGACUACUGUGACCCCCAUCCCCACCUCUUGGGGCCAGGCCACAAGAUGGAACAGACAACUGGUGCCUUGCCUGCGACUCCAGCUUAUGCUGGCAUCUGUGAUGGAGCCUUCUUGAGGUUCAUUUAAUAAAGCUGUGUGGUUUUCUAA